AUGGCCUCUUUCAGAUCGCUGCGUGUCAAAUACGCCUCUCUGUUGAAGCAAUUCGCCUCUUCGAGCAAAGAAUUUGAAAUUCUGACAACAAUCCCCUGCGAUCGCUCUCCACCAGCGAAGAUCCUCUAUGUGCUGGACUCCUCCUUCAACCCUCCAACCCGCGCCCACCUCCGCAUUGCGAGCUCCGCUCUUCUCGAACGAUUGGAGCCCAGCUCGCGCUUGUUGCUCUUGCUUGCCACACAAAAUGCAGACAAGCCAUCCAAGCCUGCUCUGUUCGAGGACAGACUCGCGAUGAUGGAGCUAUUUGCUCAUGAUCUGCGCGCCCAUCUUGCAACUCAAAGCUCCCCUGGAAUUGGACCAUCUAUGGACCACAUACCUGCCGUUGACAUCGGCGUAACUAAAAAGCCUUACUUCAUCGAUAAAGCGACUGCAAUAGAAACCUCAGGGCAUUACUCAACGCCGAUGGAGCAAGUUCACCUCACUGGCUAUGAUACUCUAAUUCGCAUUUUCGACACGAAAUACUACCCUCCGGAACACACCUUGCAGCCUCUUGCCCCGCUAUUUUCCCAGCACCGGCUUCGGGUAACAUUACGGCCGGGGCAGGAGUGGGGUGAGAAAGAGGAGCAGCAGAAGUUCCUUGUCGAUCUUGCUCGCGGUAACCGAGAAAGUGAAGGUGGUCGACGGGAGUGGGCUCAAAAGAUCCAGCUUGUGGAAGGCAGGAAGCCCGGCGAUCCACCGGUCAGUUCGACCAAGGCACGUGAAGCAGCCAAGUCUGCGCCUCAGGAUCUAGAGUGGUUGGUGCCAGAUCGUGUACAACAGUUUAUGCAAUAUGAGCAGCCCUAUUCGACGGAUAUUUUGGGCAAUAAGAUUUGA